UGCAGAGUCUUCGAGAUGAAAAAGACAGCUGCCACCCGACACAGACAACUACUACCCUGCCUGGAAGCCUCUGGGUCACAUGACCGAACGGACGUUCCGGACUACAAAAGUAGACCGGAAGUGACUAGUCGCGGUGUUUUCCUGUGCAGAGCCGUGGAGAUGAGACUUCCUCUUCGGUCCUGUCGCAUCUUCAGGAGAUUCAUCCCUCAGAAACAAACAGCAGACGCACAGAGGCGAGGCUUAAGUGGUGCAGGGAUGCGUUUGGUGCAGUUUUGUGGCAGUGGUGACAGAGAUGGCGUCAGAGUGGGAGUGGAGCAAGGUGAGGGGCUAGGUGUGGUGGAUCUAAAGGCGUUUGACCCCUCUAUGCCUUCAACGGUGAGAGAACUGCUGCAGCUGGGAGACAGAGGUCUAGAAUGUGCUCAAAGAGCACUGGCGUCUGGUCAGUUUGUGGUCGACAGAGCGAACAUACAGCUGCUACCCCCCAUUUUGGCCCCAGAGAAAGUGGUGUGUGUUGGCAUGAACUACCGGGACCACUGCCUGGAGCAGAACGCCCCCAUCCCCAACGAGCCCAUCAUCUUCAGCAAGUUCCCCAGCGCCAUAACUGGACCGUACGACGACAUUGUUCUGCCCCCAGAGAGCCAGGAGGUGGACUGGGAGGUGGAGUUGGCCUUCGUGAUUGGAAGAAGAGGAAAAAACAUCCAGGAGGAAGAUGCUCUCUCCCACGUGGCCGGGUUCACCGUGGCCAAUGACGUGAGCGCCCGUGACUGGCAGUUCAGGCGCAACGGGAAGCAGUGGCUGCUGUCGAAAACGUUUGACAGUUUCUGCCCUCUCGGACCCGCCUUGGUAACGGCUGAUGCUGUGAAAGGUGAAAGAGAACGAGGAGGAGGACGGAGGCAAUCUGAUCCUCAUAACUUGGGGAUCCGCUGCCUGGUUAACGGGGACACUGUGCAGAGCAGCAACACCGCUCAGAUGAUCUUUAAGACCGCAGCGUUGAUCGCUUGGGUCUCAAAGUUUGUGACGCUAACUCCAGGAGACGUCUUCCUGACGGGGACGCCUCCAGGUGUCGGCGUUUUUAGGAAUCCCCCCGUCUUUCUAAAGAAAGGAGACGUGGUGGAGUGCCAGAUCGAGCAGCUUGGCUCCAUCAUCAACAAAGUGAUUUAAACUCUUCAGCAGGAAACCAUGAAGGCAUCCCAGCAGUUCAAUAAACUGGUUUUUCCC